AUGGUAAAAGCAAUCCAAGUUCUACGUAUCCAUCUGCUUGAGCUAGAGAAAGUUAAUGAACUCUGCAAGGAUUUCUGUAGUCGUUACAUUGCCUGCCUGAAGACAAAAAUGAACAGUGAAACUCUAUUAAGUGGAGAGCCUGGAAGUCCUUAUUCACCUGUGCAAUCUCAGCAAAUUCCAAGUGCCAUUGCAGGCACACUCAGUCCCCAAGGGAUUAUGGUGCCAGCAUCAGCGUUGCAGCAGGGAAAUGUAACUAUGGCAACAGUAGCAGGGGGUACAGUGUAUCAGCCAGUCACUGUGGUCACUCCACAAGGUCAAGUGGUGACACAAGCACUGUCACCUGGGACUAUUCGGAUCCAGAACUCUCAGCUUCAGUUGCAAUUAAACCAAGAUCUAGGCAUCUUGCAUCAAGAUGAUGGCUCAUCAAAAAAUAAAAGAGGAGUUCUUCCCAAGCACGCUACAAAUGUGAUGAGAUCUUGGCUUUUUCAGCACAUAGGGCAUCCAUAUCCAACAGAGGAUGAGAAGAAACAGAUUGCAGCACAAACAAAUCUGACACUACUCCAGGUUAACAACUGGUUUAUCAAUGCUAGAAGGCGAAUUCUUCAGCCAAUGCUGGAUUCCAGUUGUUCUGAAACUCCGAAAACAAAGAAGAAAACGGCUCAGAACCGACCAGUUCAGAGGUUCUGGCCUGACUCCAUUGCCUCAGGAGUUGCUCAGCAGCAAUCUAACGAGCUCACAAUGUCAGAUGGUGCUGUUGUAACAAUUACAGCUCCAGUCAACAUGAAUGUAGACAGUCUUCAGUCUCUGUCAUCCGAUGGUGCUACUCUGGCUGUUCAGCAAGUUAUGAUGGCAGGGCAGAGUGAGGAUGAGUCUGUAGACAGCGGUGAAGAUGAUGGAGGAGAUCUCUCGACAACAAAUAUCAGUGGGCUGGUCUUGGAUAACAGCGAUUCUCUGCAGUAGGAAGCAAGAGAACGUGACAAAAUGCGUAGGAAAAGAAUGGACUGACUGACUGACUGUUUUUAUAGUUUGCACAGCAAACAUUUUACACAAGUUUUAUUUCUAAUAUGUUUUAUAUGUAGAUAUAGAAGGGUGCACUUUUUUGUAUUUCAUAGUAAGCUUAAAGAGUGUUUUUGCAGGUGCAGCAACUUCUUUCAAAUGUGUUUUUUCAUUUCUUUUCCUUAUUUCGGAAAACUCUAUCUAGUAAUAUAAAGAACCACAUAAGCACCCCUUUGUUCUAUGAAUUGGAAGUGCUGCGAUUUCUAAAGAAUUAUGCAGUUUCCAUUAGUGCUGUUAUUUAACACAGCUCCUGAUGGGCAGGUGAUGUAAAUUUAAAGCAUGUGACACUAGUGUGUGGAACUUGAUCGUUAAGUUAGAUGCAUAUAUUUGAAAGAUGCUUCUGCACCUUAAAAACUGCUAGUCUGAGGUGGACAGCAACACACAUAAAAAGAAA